CUUCCACUUCCACUUCCACCCUCUCUCAAUCGGCGUCAUGUCAACCUCCCGAUUGCCCAAUAUUCCAUCUCUUCGGAAAUAUCAACUCCUGCAGGAAUAUGCAAGUUUAAGCCAUGCUGCUCCCCCUGGAGUCUACGUGACCCUGAAUCCUAGUGACCCGACUUUCUGGGCUUGUGUGAUCUUUGUCCGCUCAGGUCCUUAUGCCUCUGCCGUACUCCGAUUCCAGAUCCGAUUCCCCCCAUCCUAUCCUGACCGUCCCCCUCUGGUGAUCUUUUCCACCGACAUGUUCCAUCCUUUAAUCGUCCCCCUUACCACGUAUACUUUCAGCACCGGUGUAUCAAACGAAGACCCUGUCAGCGCAACAGACGAAGAGCGCUUACCACCCGGAGGGUUCAGUCUCCGACACGGAUUCCCGCAUUGGUUUGGUCGAGCCAGACGCAGUGCCAUUGGCUCCGUUACUUCCUCAAGGGCGGUUAGCUUGCAUUGCGCAAAUACUGGGGCCAUGGAUGCGACAACGAGCAAAGAUGAUUCUCAGCAACAAAAGACCAUUGAAUCCGUACUGCGUGAGGGGGAUCGGAGCGAGGUUCAGACCCCCCCGCCCGCGGAACCCAUCCCAGAGAUGAGGAGUUCAAUCCCUGUCCUGGAGAUUCUCAAUUACAUUCGCACUUCAUUUGACGAUGAGAGUGUUCUGGACUCGGUGCCUCUCGAAGCUGCGGGGAAUCCGAGCGCGUGGCACGCAUGGAAGGCUCAUCGGAAGGAUAGCACUCCCGCUGGGCUGGCGAGUAGCUCCAAGCGCAGUAGCCCGCAGGCACGACUUCCUGGGGACUGGCAUUGGGAUGGUAUCUGGGCUAGACGUGUGCAAUAUGAAAUCGAAGCUAGUCAGUCGGAUUCGACUUUGUUUGGAAACACAGCUCGAGGAGGGCUUGAUGAGAUGGUGGCUGUAAAUGACCCCACCAUUCGGUUCGCUCAAUUGGAUCCAUCCACACUCGCCUCAGUCAAGGAGAUGAUUAUUCCACCGGUGGAACCAGCCUUAGAAUAA